GCUUCCGACAUUUCCUCGAAAAACCACAGGGAACUUCAGUACAAGUACCAUUUCUACCACUGCUCCACGUUCUUCACAAAAAUGUCUAGCAGCAGAGUUUACCAAACCAUAGUACAAAGAUAUUUCACUUCACAUUUUUUCACAGAUGUCAUGGGAAAGGCUCUAGAAGACCAAUUAAUAUUGCAACAUUCUAACAAAAUCUGCAUCAUAACUGCCGCUCCAUCACACAAGCUCUUCCAAGAUGGUGAAAUAUUAAGUGUCAACUUCCAAAUAAAAGGUAGAAAGGAUAGAACUGAAAAUAAAGUAUCUGGUAAAUCAAAACGAGGUGGCCAACAGUUGGAAUAUAGCUCUGUGCUCUGUGAAGUUGAAUGUGCAAGUGGUAGUAAAUACCUUUUAAGAAGCUGCAUUCAAGGAAAACUCAUUGAGAUCAAUGAAGAGCUUAUAGAGAAUCCUCAACUUUUGCUUGAGUCACCUGAAAAUGGUGGUUACAUUGCAAUUGUUCUGCCAAGGUUGAAGCCAAUUGAAGAGAUUUCAAAGAACGUUUUAUCCUCAGACCAAUAUCAAGAGGUUUUAAGGGACAGAACUAGACCAGAAAUAUGAUGACGUUUCUAG